ACUUGGCAACACUGAAGACUUGUUUACAGGUGAGGUGUGAGGUGUGAGGGAGCAGUGGUUGGUCUCGUCCUCACAGAUUAUCUCAAAAUUAUACUAAAAAAUGAAGCGACUCAGUCCUGCAGAUCCUAACUCAUACUCCAGGCCAGACCAAGUUGUGGUGUCAUCACUUCACCUGAACUGGGAUGUGGACUUCUCACGCAAAAUUGUGUCUGGUACGGCUACACUUACUGUAGAACGUAAACAAGAUGAUGCUGUCCACUUGAUUCUUGAUACACGAGACCUGACCAUAAAAAGUGUAAAAGAUGAGGAAACAGGACAAGUACUUCAGUAUGCAAUGGGAGAAGCCCAUCCCAAUUUUGGAUCAGAUCUCAAGAUAGUUUUGCCUUCAGAUGCAAAGAAAAAGUUCAAGAUACAGAUAGAGUAUGAAACUUCUCCAAGCUGUUCCGCCCUGCAGUGGCUGGCGCCAGAGCAGACAGCCGGAAAGCAACAUCCUUAUGUCUUCUCUCAGUGUCAAGCCAUUCAUUGCCGCUCCUUGGUCCCAUGUCAGGACUCACCAGCAGUGAAGAUACCAUACACAGCAGAGGUAAGCGCCCCCUCUGGUCUUGUGGUGCUCAUGAGUGCCCUUAGAGACGGUCAACAGGAGAAGGAGAACCGUGCAGUCUACAGGUUUCGGCAGCCAGUACCUAUGCCUUCGUACUUAAUAGCAAUAGCAGUGGGAGCUCUGGAGAGCAGGAAGAUUGGACCGCGCUCACUGGUGUGGUCAGAGAAGGAGUAUGUUGAGAAAGCUGAAUUUGAGUUCUCUGAGACAGAGACAAUGCUGAAAACUGCAGAGUCACUGUGUGGAGACUAUGUGUGGGGGCAGUAUGAUCUACUGAUCCUGCCUCCAAGCUUCCCUUAUGGUGGUAUGGAGAACCCGUGUCUAACAUUUGUCACUCCUACACUGCUGGCAGGAGAUCGCUCUCUGGCCGAUGUUGUUGCCCAUGAGAUCAGCCACUCCUGGACAGGUAAUUUGAUUACCAACUGCCAGUGGGAGCAUUUUUGGCUUAACGAGGGCUUUACUAUGUUUGUGGAGCGUAAGAUUGCUGGACGCAUGUGUGGUGAAGCCACAAGAAACUUCGCAGCAAUAGGAGGAUGGAAGGAUCUGGCUGAAUGUAUCCGCACAAGGGGUGAGAAUGACCCACUCACGUGUCUCAUACCAGACCUGACUGGGGUGGAUCCAGAUGAUGCUUUCUCCACUGUGCCUUAUGAGAAAGGACACACCCUCCUCUGGUACCUUGAAACAUUAGUUGGAGGACCCAGUGAGUUUGAACCUUUCUUAAAGGCAUACUUGGAUAAGUUUAAGUACCAAUCCAUUACCUCAGAAGUGUUCCGAAGCUUCCUGUUUGAGUACUUUGUAGACAAGAAGAAUGUGUUUGAUGCUGUUGAUUGGCAAGCUUGGUGGCACACUCCUGGCAUGCCACCCAUUGAGCCUCAGUUUGAUGACUCACUAGCUGUGGUUUGUAAAACCCUUUGUAAAAAGUGGGUAGAGUGGGACCUUGCAAAAGACUGUCCCUUCCUGAAGGAUGACCUUGACAAAAUGUCCUCCAAUCAGAGACGAGAGUGGUUGGCUCUGCUGUUGGAAGAAGACGCACUGCCCAUUAAAAAGCUGGAAAAGAUGAACGAGCUUUACAACAUGUCAUCCCGCAACAAUGCUGAGAUUAAAUUCCGCUGGUUGCGCCUGGGUCUUAAAGCUCAUUGGAAGGAACAAGCGGAUGAGGCACUGAAGUUUGUGACAGAGCAAGGCCGCAUGAAGUAUGUGCGGCCCAUAUAUAGAGACCUGUACGAUUGGGAGGAGAUGCGUCAGCAGGCAAUUGCAGUGUACAAGGCUAACAAAGACUCCAUGAUGCACGUAGCAGCCUAUGUUGUCACCAAAGACCUACACCUGAAUGAGUAACUACAAUCCAGUUCCUCUUAAUAAUUUCUUCCAAGUGUGUGGUGAAUUUGGAUUAAAAAGUAUAGAAGAGGCAGUAUUGAUACCGAUAAUCUGAUUUCUUUUACAUAAAUUCUUAAUAUUUGUGAAGGGUCUAGAGAAAGUGAUUUAAAGUAAUUAAUGUGUUUAUAAUUUGAGUGAUUUUACAUAAUCAGUCCUUUUGAUAAGUGUAAGAUUGAUUACGUAUAAAUUUAUCUUGCAAAGUGUUUUCCUAAUUCUUCUUAAGUCUUUUAAAAAGUUUGUUAAGUGCCAUCGUCAGUUUCAGUCCCUAGUAGCUAGCCACUAAACACCUUGGUUCCAUCAUUUCACUGCUAACCAACAUCAUUUCCCAUUUAUUUUGUAUUUAACUCAGUUUUCAGGAUUGUGUCAUGAUCACCCAAAGCCACUAACUAUACAAGCGUAAAGCUCAAGGUAAAGAUUCUCAAAGGUUAAUAUGAGGAAUUGUCCUGUUGACAGAAGAUGUGAGAUGCAUGCAACUGGUGGAUUAUUAAGCUGAUGCACAAAAGCAACAUACAAAAAUAGUAUCAAAUUUACUUUCAUUUCGCUGAGUCUUGACCUUCAAAUAAAGUACAGACAUUCCUGGUUCACCAAACUGUUCCAUUCUAGAAAAAUCUUUGGUAAAUUGGGUUUUUAUAAAUUGAUUAACAGUUUCCCAUAGGCUAGGCUCCUGUUAUAAAAGCUGACAUGUUCUGGUGGAAAAAAAUCCCUAAAUUGUCUAUUCAUGACAAUGUUUGGUGUAUGGUAUUCAAUAAUAUAAGCCAAUAAUAAACAUAAUAAAUAAUAUACAUGCAGUACAGUACAGUAAUAAUUUUACACCUGUAUGUACGAGAAACUGGAUAAUAUUUUAAACAAAUUGAACAGUCUGAAAAUAUUAGCCAAUAUCUAUAAUAAAUAUAUUACAGUACAGUAGUAAUACAUUUAUUCUCAACCUAUAAUUGAAGAUAUGAUCUCUACAAAAAAAGAGAUCCCAUACUCAACCCCUGAUGAGUUAUUGCUUCAUCCUAAAUUUUCAUUGUUUUUUUCACAUGGUGGUAAUGCUUCUGUCAGUCAACAAUAUCCACACCUCAAAACUUCGUAAUUCCACACUUCUCUUACAACUCUACAUCUUUCUUGUCAACAAUUAGCUUAUGAAAUUUAAGAAUGCAGAAUAAUUUAAAAUCUUUUACACGGGAGUAAGUGAAUAAAAAUUGGACAAUCAGUCAACUGGCUGAGUGACUGUGUGGAGAUGUGUCUACCUGUCCCCAGUGAGCUUCAGGAGUAAGUUAUAUGGUGACUGAUGAUAUAUUGAAAGUUUAUUUGUAGAUUUACUGUAAUAAUAGUGAGUGUAAGUGAAUGUAAUUAAACAAUAAGCAUACUGGUGGUAAAAAAACAAACAUUAUUUUACCUGAUUGUCUUUAUUACUUAGGGGAACAAUUUACAAAAAUAGUAAGAAAAAUUCAUAACUAAGGUAUUUUUGUUGUAUAAAUCAGAGACUUCCUGGAGAAAUAUUUACUUAGUACCACUUAUAGCCCAAAAUAUAUAAAAUCUUUUAAUACAUUCUCUACUUUAAUUUUGCCCCCUGACGUCCUAAAGAUAGUGUACAGCUAUUUUAUCUCCUAUCUCGUGAAUGUUUCUUGUUUGGGUUGCAUUGUAAUUUUGAUGCUGCUUUGUAAUGCAUAUGUUAUAUUUGUUUUUUACCUACUGUAAGUCAGUCUGUGGUGAGCAUGUUUACAUCUUCAAUACAAGAAAUAUUUGUCUUAUGAACCUUUAAGAAUCUGGGCCUAGAACUGACAUAAUGAAAAAGUAUCCGUACAGUACAGUAUUACCAAGUAUGUAUAGUAUAUGAUGACAGAACUUACAGCAUUGCCACAUUUGGGUUAUAACUUUAUUAUGUGUAAUUUGUUGAAAUUCCAAAACCUUUUCUUCGAUUCAAGUUUUGGUUUAAUAUACAGAGUGUUUCUUGUUCAAUCACACAAGCUAAUGUGCCUACAGUGUGUCAGGUCCACAGUUUUGACCUAAAGCCCAAUGCCAGCACCCAGAGUAUUCACUUGAAGGUGAUGUAAAUUGUUCAGUGCUGCCUCAGAUAAAGGCUUCUUUUCUUGUGCAUGUACAGUAUUGUAUAGAUUUGUCUUGAUUUCAUGAGAACUUUAGUAUCCACCCAGUGAAGAAAAGUAAGAUUAAUAGACAUUUUGAGGCUUGAAAAUCCUUUGAAAACCUAACAGAUAGAUAGAGAUGAGGAGAUGUGUGAAGUAGUAUAUUAAUAACUCUGUCCCAAGAUAAUGGACAGUGGCUAGUGCUAUAAUAUUAAUGGUUGUCAAUGUAACAUGAGUUAUUCACAUGUUAGGUAUUGAGGAUCUUCUAUAAGAGAUGUACAGGUACUGUAUAAAUUGAGGGUUGGGUUAGUCCAGGGCAUGGGUAUGACUGAUGGCCAUUUCAGUGUAUAACACAAACAUAACACCCCAUCAACCCUGUAAAGCCACAGGUUUAAAUCAACAGUAAAUACAGUGAUAUCCCCAUUAACCACAAUAAUUGGUGCAGAGAGGUUCCGGGUAUGAAGACGAAUUUUCUUCUCGUCAGAAAAAAUCACACAUCCCAGAAUUUGUCUGGAUACUGGGAAAGUUUUCUGAGAACUAAACUUUGCAUCUUGCAUGGACAGUCACAAAACUGUUUAUGCAAUAUAUGUGAAUAUAUGUACAUGUACAAUAUAAUGUAAAUAAACAAAAUAUACUACUGUAUACACUGUGCUGUACUAUACUGUACUCACCAGCAGAUGCUGUCAUCUUGAGCUUGUGAUGCAGGCAGGCCAAAUGGUAAUAUGAUGAUACAGGAUGGUCUGCCUUUAUCCUGUACCAUCUCUUGUAGCAGGUGUUGCUAACUGUCACUCUCUCCCUCCAUGAAGGAGGGAUUGCACACACUGUAUACUGUACAUACACCCUCUACACACUAACCUACAGUAGACAUACACUGUCCACUUUGCUGAUUUCCGUAAUGAUCCAUACAUCACCUGAUGUCUUCGUCUUCAGUUAUACCAUCAACUGUAUAUACGGCAGGACAUGUCGUUAGCAACAGAUAUGUGAGAACACCCUCAGGCAAGGACAGCAGGACUACCACCAUAAUACAGGACCAACACGCAUAUUCCACUAUCCCUCAUCCAUGAUGCCAUAUUGUUUCGCACAUAAUCCUUGCGAUACUUUUUUACUGUGUGUACAGUACAGUAUACAAAACUAUUCACUUUUUACACUGCUUUAAAAGUAUUUUGGGCUGAUAAUAUGCUGGUACAGCAAUGAACAAUACUGCAUAACACAUCGUAUUCAAAAACAACAGAAAGUGAGCGAACAAGUUCACAGGAGUUUGAGGAGAUAGGCUGCAAGAUACAUCAGCCAAUCAUAGGCAUCCCAAGCAGUCACAUGACAGUAGUGGCCAAUCAUAGCUCACUAGCACUAUGAGCUUACCCAUUCACGCAUCCAUGCGUAACAUUAUACAAUCUCUCAAAAACUGGUUCCCUUGUCCGGAACAGAGAUUUUCUCGGACUUUUCUGGAAAUGCGCACGAUACAAUCCUCAGAAAUUCGUUCCCAUGCCUGGACUGGAAAGAUUUUUCCGGCAUCAAAGAUUUCAGCUAUUGGAGAGAUUACAGCUACUAUAUUGAACAAGUAGACUGUUCUAGGUGUUGAAAGUAGCUUAAGCAAAAUACUGACAGAUAUUGUCAAGAGUCAGCCCUGUUUGGUGUGGGUGUAACUGGCAGUACAGUCCAGUAUUUCUUUGAUAUGUCAUUUUGUGAAGCUUGUUACUCUUAACGUGCCAGUGUCACACUAAUAGAAAUAUAGUAUUUUAUUUUAUUUUUAAUUGAUUUAUAGAAUUUAAAAGAUUGAUUUAAUUGUGUUAGUUAUAUAAAAGUUAUCUACAGUAGAGUACGUACAGGUAUUUUACUGCAUUAAAUUUAAUUGCAUAUCAUAUGCAUUAUUUUUCCAAUGUUGCAGGUGCUUCUGACUUGGUUUAAAGAAUAACUUGAUUUUGUUGUGUGGUUUGUUAAAUACCAUUUAUAUUACCAUUGUUUCUAUAUCUAAUUAUUUUCCUCAAGCUGUAGAUGAGACUUAAUCUUACGAAGCCUCCUGUAUUGUACUGUAUGUGAGCUGUUGUCUCAUUUGUAGAAUGUCAAACUUAAUUAUUAUUAAAGUAAAUAUUGAUGAAUUAAUUUAUACAAGCAAUAUGCAGUGAAACUAUUGGGGGCAAUAGCCAGGUUUCCAGUGUUGGAAAAUAACACAAAUGGAGCCAUUAUAUAUUUUGUUUAAUACAGUAAUAUAAACCUCAUUCUAACCUAUUAGUCCUGGGGUGGUACAGGUGCUGGAUAAUUAAUAUUAGGUGCCAAUAAAAAGGGUGGAGAAACUGAACUAUGGGGAUAUGUUAAUGGACUGUGCCGAUGAGUCUUUUUAGCUGGAUAAUGUAAUUAGUGCUGAAGCCUGUUGAGUUGCAAGAGGCAGAAGUGGCUGGAGGAAGGAUACAGAGUCGCUACCUUUGUUGACGGCAAGAGGACCUUCCCUCUGUGUGACAAGAAGUAUGAAUGUGCCUGGCAUGAGAAGUGUGAUGUUGUAUGGCAGUGAAACAUGGACAGUUAAAAAUUAUGACAUAAACAGGCUUGAAUUAAUUGAAAUGAGAAUAGUGAGGUGGAUGUGUAAUGUAGUACUGAAAGACAGGAGACCUUGUUCAGACUUAAUAGGUGGUUGGGUAUUGAGAGUAUUGGUGAAGUACCGCAUAGAGGCAAGCCAAUAGGGUUUGGGCAUGUGGAGAGAAUGGCCAAGACCAAUUGGAUCAAGAGUUGCAUGAACCUAUACAUGGAGGGGAGGAGAGCCAGGGAUAGGCCAAGAAUGAAAUGGGGAAUAGGUUGUAAGAAAUGACAUUAGUGUUAGGAACCAGGCAAUAGAGACGGCAAAAGACAAUGCAGUGUGGAGACCUGCAUGGAAAUUGGCCAUGAAACUAUAAUAAUGGUGGGUGGUUGAGUGUUUGAAAAAUAAUGUGAUAUAGUGUUCCUGUUCACGGUAGCUUUUUUUAUUUUCUUACACCACCUUGCUAGGUGAUGAUUCAGGGUUGUGAUUUUGUCUUUCCUGUUUUUGUUUUGGCAGAUUUUCUUGUGAUUGAUAGAACUUUUAUAUUAUGUUAUUACCAGUUUUUAUCACCAAUAGUUGUGUUAAUAGUAAUAUAAUUUUGGUGGUAUCUGAUGAUGUUUCAAUCCUUUUUCUUCAAAACCUUGUAAAAGAGAACAAGUAAAUGCUUAUCAUAUACAGUACAGUAUUUAUUAAUUCAGCAUAAUUGUGAAUAUCAUAAUAUGUUUCAGUAACAUUCAUAAUUACCAGCAAUUUUCAGACACAUUAUGAUAGUGAAUAUCUAUUUACUCAGUUGAUGAAAUUAACCUAAGUGCCCAAUGUUAACAGUUUUUAUGUACAAACACACAAAUGUAAUUUUUGUAUAAUGUGCAAAGUAGGGUUAUGUAUUUUUACAUAUCCUCUUUAUAUAAUAAAAGUCACCAACACAUUUUAUAAAGAUAAAGCAA